CUCCUGAAGGCUCACCCACUCCAGCGCCUCCUGUCUCCCCUUCUAUUUCCAAGGCCCCGACUUGUCCGGAACCCGAGGUAGUACCAACUACUGCCCAACUGCCAUGCGACUCAUCUUACGAUAUCCUUAAGGUUACCGUGGGCGAGGCCAAAGCCUUUGGAAACUCUUUCAACAGUCGCUUUCUCGAAGCCACGGGGGGACGAGGCAUGAGUGAUCCGACGGUGAACAAAGCGUGGGAAAAGUGCAGUGGUUCAAGAAGGGUUCGAGGGUUUUCGCGUCUGAUUGAGGCUAUUGAAGACUAUCCUACAAGUUCACCACUUCCCGAAGAGCAUGCCUCGUGUUUCCACGCGAUGGCUGCAGACUGUCAGAGGCUUCUGAAGAGCCUCUCAUUAGCUCUCGAACCUCCAAGGUCUGCUCAAAACCCAGUUGAGGACGUGGACACGCCUCCCUCCCCUGCUCCGACCGUAGCCACCCCUAGAAACCCCGCCAUCCCUUGUGAUGUCGCCCCGCAGAGGAGUGCCACGCCGCUUCGGAGAUCGGGCGAAAACAUUGCACGGUUGUCUGAGGAAACUGAAGAGUUAGCCUUCAGCUAUUCCAGACCUAGCUUGCACCAAGCAUUCGCUCAGUCCCCUGAAAGAUCCAAUGACGCACUCAGAGCCCUUUCUGAUACUCGUGACCCCCCAGCCAGAAUUCGGGCAUACAAACACGACGCUCGUCUGUUCAACUCAGAAUUGAGCUCGGACUGUGUAACCCCAACAGAUCCGAAUGAGGUUUGCCAGCCCGCUCCCCCGUUGAAAAGUUCUUCCAGGCGAAAGGCCAUAUCUCGUCCUUAUACUCCGGCUCCUGUCACCCCCAUCGUUCCUCCUCCCCAGCAAGUCCCUAUACUCCAUCAAAUCCCUUCCCAGGUAUCAAAUGUUGCCUCGCGUCAACUACGACUUUUAAAAAGUAUGAAUGAUAUGCAUAAACCCUCGGAUGGUUCGGUUCCUGGGCAGGUCCCCGUCAUCCCUCGUACCACAUUCCAUAUGACCCCUCUUUUUAUCGAUCACACGCUGCACAUGGGGCCUGAGGAAAUUGCUCAUCCUCUGCGAACUCGACUGGGAGAAAUUAUAAGAUUCUAUGAUUCCUAUAUGACUAUUGGAGGCAACCAAAACAUGGUCAUUCCCUAUCUCCGACCGGGUGAUAUUCCUUCGCCUGGGUCAUACAUGAUGCAUCGCCCAAUGCGCAAGGAUGAGCACGAGCUCAGGACGACAAUCAUGAUGGGCCAGUAUAGUGUGUAUCAUUUCAAUGAUGACAGUCUUUUAAUCAAACCGCCGCUAUCUUGAUUUUCCAAUGAAAUUUCCCCAAUUCCACCCUUCUCUCCUUUCCUCGAUUCAUUGCACCUGAGUGUAUGUUUGGUGGUAUCCCCCGCCUCCUUGGGAAGUGUCCCAUACAUCUGCACGCGAUCGAAUCACGGCUCGAUCACUGCUCAGUCGUCCAGCUUUGUACAGAUGGAAUCAAACAGCACUUAGUAUGCCAGAUUUCAAUAACACGUUCUCUCCCCA